UUAUAAGAAUCCCAUCCACCGCUCCUCUUCUCCUUCAAACUCAUUCCCCUUUUCUCCUCAUUAGAUUCAUCUCUUCAUCAUGAAGCGCAACUGCAAUUUGGAGCUUCGCCUCGUCACGCCUUCCAUGUUUGAUUUGAACGACGAUAAGCAGCAGCUGACAAUUUUCUACAAUGGGAAAAUGGCUUGUUGUGAUGCAACGGAGCUUCAGGCGAGAGCGAUUAUAUCGCUGGCGAGCCGAGAAGCGGGGGAGAAAUCGAACAAGAAUUUGCCGGCGAUGAAUUCGCCGGUGUAUAGUGCGGCGACCGGGCUGUCGAUGAAGAGGUCGCUGAAGAGAUUUCUGGAGAAGAGAAAGAGUAGGGCGCAAACGAUAUCGCCAUACUCGAUUGCCAGACAAUAGAGGUUUUAGUUGGUUAAUUAAUGAUUGAGUAUUGAUUAGGUUAUGAGUUGGUUUAUUAUUUUGGUUUUAACUACCGAACCCGCCAAGCCUUUUGGCGGAAUCCGACUAAUCCUGCUCGACCGGGCUUGCGGAUGGUUUAUUAUUAAUUAGAUGCAUAUUAAGGGAAUUAAUGUUGUAUUGGGUUUGAGAUGUUUAGCAAUGUUUGAUGAAACAUGUGGAGUAUAUUAAUUAAUGCAAAUUAUAGUUUCAAAUA